AACACAUUGGAAGCAAAAGAGAAAAUGUCAAGAGAAAUAGAUUCACUAGUAGUGGGAAGAGUUGUAGGAGAUGUUAUAGAAAUGUUCAAUCCAAGCGUGACAAUGAGAGUCACUUUCAGUUCCAACACAAUCGUCUCUAACGGUCACGAGCUCGCGCCUUCUCUUCUCCAAUCUAAGCCUCGCGUUGAGGUCGGUGGCCAAGAUCUUCGUUCAUUCUUUACCUUAAUCAUGAUAGACCCCGAUGCCCCUAGUCCUAGUAAUCCUCAUAUGCGUGAAUAUCUUCAUUGGAUGGUGACAGACAUUCCCGGGACAACUGAUGCUUCAUUCGGGAGAGAGAUAGUGAGAUACGAAGCACCUAAACCGGUGGCGGGAAUACACAGAUACAUCUUUGUGCUGUUCAAACAGAGCGGAAGGCAAACAGUGAGUGCAGCACCGGAAACAAGAGAGUGCUUCAACACAAAUGCGUUCUCUUCUUACUUUGGUCUUUCUCUACCUGUUGCUGCUGUUUACUUCAACGCUCAACGUGAAACUGCUCCUCGACGACGUUCUUUUUAUUAAUUAGAAUAACUCUACUCUAUAUUCAAUAAAGUUAUGGAUGGUUAAUUAGAAUAAAUCAAACCACUCCCAAUAUUGUUUAAAACUAUCCAAUUUAUUUCAGGUUUUGUUGUUGUUUCUUAAGAAGAUAAUUAAA